AACAUCAAUAUACAAUUUUUCCGCCCCAAACACUACUGCAGGCUGAUUAUAUUACACAGAAAUAAACAAAAAAAUGGGCAAGCAAAAGGCAGUGAUUAGCGUGAUAUUGAAGGAUGAGAAGGCUCGCAUCAAGGCUUUUAAGAUUGCUGUUGCCCAGCCAGGAGUUGUUGCGGCGUCAAUACAGGUAGAGAAGGGGGAAAUAGAGGUGGUGGGGGAGUUCGACGCGGUGGUGCUGGCCACCACGCUGCGUAAGAAAUUGGGCCACGCCGAUCUUCUCACGGUGGCGCCCGUGGUGGAGAAAAAGGAUGAGCCCCCAAAGGGCAAUAAACCCGCCGCCGCCGCAAAGGAAGAGCCACCAAAGACCCAAUACCCUCUCACCUAUUACCCACCGCCUUCUAACAGCACACUCUACGCUCCAUACCCAGUUCCCCAUUAUUAUAAUGAAGAUGCUGGGUGCUCAGUGAUGUAAAACCAUCCCAAUUAGAUUUUUUUUUUUGUUUUGCGUUUGAGAUAAAUUAGAGAAGAGAAAGGCUCAAUUUUAUGUACUUGUGUAUUUAUUUGUUAAUUUAUGAGUUAAGUGCACUGUUUACCCUCGAAUUCUUUGAAAAUUGCAUUGUUUAUCCCCAAACAUUGAAAAGUGCACCAAAUACUCCUGAAUUCUUCAGAAAUUGCACGAUUUACCCCUGACCAAUAAAAAUUGUACCAAAAACCCCUGAACUCUUUGAAAAUUGUACUGUUUACUACUGAACAUUUAAAUAAAGACGAUAAUUUUGG